AUGGCUAGUGACACUUUCAUGGACAAAGUACGUUCAUUUUUCGGUUUACGAGCGGAACCGCCUCGAAAUGAUUUUCGUAACCCCAUUUGGAACACAGAUGAUGAUGACGACGACGAAUUAUACACUAAACAGCAAAUCGAUGUCUUUGAAGAUCCAUUGGAAUUUCACAGAGAAUUCACCAAACAGAUGCAGGAAAUGCUUAAUUCUUUCGGUAGUAUGUUUGGUGAUGUAAAAACAUUCUUUAAUGAUGGAACCAUGGACUCUUUUAUAACAGACAUUCCACAUGAUCAUGAAGAUUUUAAUAACACUAACAAUAUAAGAGACUAUUACUUAAAGCCGGGAUAUCACAAUAAAAUACAUGAAAAUCAAGGGGAUGAAGAUUUGGACGGAAAGAUCUCUUCUAAUGAUAUAUCAAGCUUAUUAAAACAGAAAGAUGAUCAAAUUGUGUCCAUGACCCCUUUCAACGAUAUAUCGCCAGUUCGAUCUUUUUGCCAGACUAUUAUCACCACCACUGUCACUAAACCAGAUGGAUCUAUUGAAUCUAGAAAAAUUAUUAAGAAAGGCAAUGAGGUAGUUGAAGAGACAAUAACCACAACUGAACCUAAUUCACGAGAUCCGGUUAAUACUAACAUUAAUGCUGUUCCAGCAACUGCUGUCAUUUUAUCUGAAUUAGCAUCCUUAUUCAGAAACUUUUAUUAA